GCUUGUGAUGCAACAAUGUUUCUUGGAUUUACUAAAUUCUUCUCAUGGACUUCAUCUAAUUUCUUUGGCAGACAAGAGCAACUCAGUAAGUUUGGUCUUGAUGGAUCUGCCUAUGCAACUGAAGACAAGGCCGUCGAUGAUCGCACAGUUGGCCAUAAUCCAGAGAGGUUAAGUUUGCUGAAAGGUGGCAUAGUAUACAGCAAUGCUGUAGUUACAGUUUCACCGACGUAUCUGAAGGAGACACUCUGUUCCGGAUGGCUUUCUAGUGCUUUGAUGCGAAACCGUGAUAAGUAUUCUGGCAUUUUAAAUGGGAUCGAUACUGAAAUGUGGAAUCCAGCAACGGAUGUUUAUUUGCCUGCUAAAUUUGAUGCCAGCAAAAUUGAAGGGAAGAGGAUAUGCAAACAAUUUGUUCAAAGGGGACUUGGUCUGCCUUUUGAAAGCAUUAAACAGAGUGCUUGUGUGGCUGAUCAAGUACCUUUGGUUAUCUGCAUUACUCGAUUGGUCGCUCAAAAGGGUCUCCAUCUUAUCACUCAUGCGAUCAAGCAUGUUGAAGAACUAGGUGGACAGUUGGUGAUUUUGGGCAGGGCUUCAGAUGGUCGAGUUGAGAGAGAAUUUGAAGGUUUAGCAGAAUUGUAUAACAAGGGCCCCAACAUCCGUAUCCUUUUGAUGUACAGCGAGGAGCUGUCGCAUAUGCUCUAUGCUGCUGCAGACAUGGUCUUAGUGCCAUCAAUGUAUGAGCCAUGCGGGCUAGCACAGAUGAUUGGAAUGCGUUAUGGAGCUGUUCCAAUAGUUAGGAAGACGGGUGGUCUCGCGGACACGGUUUUUGACUUGGAUGAUCAAUCUCAAGCUGAGAUUGCUAAUGGGUUUGUCUUUGAAGGAAUUGAUGAAGGAUCCUUUAACCUGGCUAUAGACCGUGCAUUUUCUUACUAUCGAGAAAAACCAAAUGAAUGGAAAGCUAUCGUACAGAAAGUUAUGCGUAUUGACAAUAGCUGGAAUAAUACAGCAGGGAAAUACAUAGAUAUCUACAAUUCCAUAAAAGUGAGGUGAAAUAAUUUCUCAAGGCACAAAUCAUUUUGCCAUGAUCAAGAAACAGAACCAGUUUAUCUUUAGUGUAUAAUUUUCCCUUUGUAAUAUAUUACAGACGCUGUAGUUUCCUCUGCCACCAGUAGAUCCAACUUGUAAUAAAGGAACAAUUAACAAAUUUCUCCUGCAGUUUGUAAAUGCCUCCCCCUUAAUUUCAAAUCUCUAAUACGGAUCAGAAAUGUUUGUCCAAGCAAUAGAGUUGUAUAAUCAUGUUUAAAAUUCAACUGACCAGUUUUUUUAA